AUGAAUAAACCAACUUCUUCCUCCAGAUCCGACAAAGAUGCGAUUGUUGAGGCAGCCAUGGCGUGGCAAGACAUUCGCUAUGACGUGUCUGCCUCGCGACGAAACCGCUUUAGAAAGACGUCGACUACGGCCGACGCAUCUGUCAAAACGCUCUUGCGAGACAUUUCUGGGUCGGUCCCUCCAGGGUCGAUGCUUGCGAUCAUGGGCCCUUCAGGAGCGGGAAAGUCGACGCUGCUCGACGUUUUAUCGGGACGUAAGAGAACAAGCUCAGGUCGGCUGCUGACGCCCAACGAUGUCGACGUCCGAAGCAUCUCUUCGUAUGUCGAACAGGAGGACGCCCUGCUCGGUGUCCUGACGGUUCGCGAGACCAUCUGGUAUUCGGCUAAGCUCUCCCUACCGCCAACGACGACGCGCCACGAGCUCGACGAACGCACCGACAUGAUUAUCCACGAUCUCGGCCUGACGGGCGUCGCAUCGCAGAGGAUCGGCACGCCGAUCCAGCGCGGCAUCUCGGGCGGUCAACGGCGUCGCGUCACCAUCGGUUGCAGCCUGGUGACGCUUCCUAGGGUGCUCUUCCUUGACGAACCUACGUCGGGCCUCGACAUUGCCACGGCGUACGAAGUGAUGAAAGCGAUCCGAAGCCUGGCGGUGCGCCAUCGCAUUAGCGUCAUGGCAACCAUCCACAGCCCCAAUUGGGAGAUUUUCGAGACGUUUGAUCAGUGCUUGCUUCUCGCGCGGGGAAGACCAGUCUACCAGGGGGAUGUGCACGAUGUGGCUUCCUACUUUGCCGCUCUAGGCCAUCCGUGCCCUCGACGGACCAACCCGGCCGACCACAUGAUCACUCUCGUCAACGAUGACUUUUUGGUCCCGGACGUCACUGUCCAUGGAGCCGACUCAGACGACGCCCAAAAUCCCACAUCGAGUGCCGCGAUUCCGCACGGGGACGUGAGAGCGUUUGCCAACGCCUGGAAGCUCAAUAGCCGCUUUGGCAGACCGAUCAAGCCGCCAUCCGAUGUGGUCCCCAGUCCAGGCUCGCCAGGUGCACACCCGAAAGAGAGUGUGCUUUCGCAACACGAGACCCAGCCCCGUGGGGCAUCUGUCGAGCGCGCCCACGCCUGGUCUCAGACCGUCACUCUGACACGCCGCAACUUUGUUAAUUACUCGCGCAAUCUUCUUGCGUACGGCGUGCGUAUCGGCAUGUACAUUGGCAUGGGCGUCCUGCUGGCCACGGUGUGGGUCAACCUCGCCAAGACGGACACCAGGAUCAACGACCGUCUCUCUGUGCACUUUUUCUCGGUCGCCUUUCUGGGCUUUAUGGCGGUGGCGGGCAUCCCUGCGUUCCUUGAGGAGCGUAGCGUCAUGAAGCGCGAAACGGGCAACGGUCUGUACGGACCCUUGCCCUUUACAUUGGCCAACACGUUCUCGACAGUUCCGCUACUUUUCCUCUGCUCUGCGGUUUUUGCCGUUAUCAUGUACUGGAGCAUUGGCCUGCGUCCAGGAGUCGCCGUCUUUUUCCGCUUCCUUGCCUUCCUGUACCUCGGCGUGCUGGCGGCAGAGUUCCAGGCGCUGCUUGUGGCGGCGCUCGUUCCCAUCUUUGUUGCAGCGCUGGCCAUCGCCGCAUUCCUCAACGGCUUCUGGAUGUGCGUGCAGGGUUACUUUAUCCGCGCUGUCAAUCUGCCACGAUUCUGGUACUACUGGGCCCACUUCAUCGACUACGAGACAUACGCCUUCAAUUUGCUCGCCAAAACGGAUCUGUCCAGCGUCGUGUUUUCCUGCUCUGGCAGCGUCGCAGACAAUACUUGCCAGUGCCAGUAUCCGAGCUCGCUGAUCCCGCAGGGCAUCUGCGCUGUCAAGGGAGAGGAUGUGCUGCAAGCACUCGGCAUCGAUGGCUUCAACAUCACGCUAUAUGCUUUCAUCCUUCUGAUCAUUACGAUUGUAUACCGCGUUCUGUUCUACGUUGUUCUGAAGGUCCAGCUUCGCUGA